GCCAGAGCCCCUACUACAGUGGCGUUACUGAGCGCCCAGGAUAGGAUACCGUGCGGACACGCGCAUCCACACGCACGUGUGCGCGCACACAUACACACACACACACACACGCAUAUACACUUACAUACAAACGCACACAAACCUCAGAGACACAUAGAUGGAAUUAUAAGAAUGGAAUAUCUCUGGGUUCUGUUUACUGUUGUUUCACAGUUUGUCGUCAAACCAGGCAGUACCAGGCCCGUAAUUACACCAGACGGAUCCCAGCUUGCGGUGCAGCUGGAUGAAAACCUCCUUCUUCAUUGCCAUGGUGAUUCCGAAGUGCGUUGGCUACGGGAAGAUCGUCCAACCCGGAUAAUAAGGGAAGAGCAGAGGGACCACCAACUGUCAACCAUCAAAGUGCCGAAAGCGAAGCCGCAGCAUCAAGGCAAAUACAUUUGCUUGGAGGAGUCUUCGGGAGAGGAGAGUUUCAUUUAUGUGUAUGUGAAAGCCUUCCUCUUAGCAGAUCCUGACAAUGCCUUCAGGAAGACAAUCAUCCCAGACAUCAUGGCCAAGGAAGGAGACACUGCUUUAAUCCCCUGCAUCGCCACAGACCCCAAAAUGGCCAGCCUGCAACUGAAGACAUGUGAUGGACAGUCACUGCCUACAAGGCUGAGAUACACUGCUAACACUGAGACAGGCAUUUCCUUGUUAAAUGUCCAGAUCAGCUACAAAGGAUGCUACAUCUGCAGUGGAAAGCUGGGAGAGAAGACAGCCCUAUCUAGGGAAUAUAUGCUUAAUGUGCUAGCGGUUCCAGUUGGACGGCCCAAUAUUACACUUCAGGAGCAAAGCAGAGUUCUCCUAACUCAGGGUCAGAAGCUCACACUCACCUGCUCCACUUCCAAUGUCAACAGUGAGAUCAAGGUUAACUGGUUCCCACCACCUGGUGUGAAAGCUUCCGUGCAGCAGAGCUCCCAACUUUUGACAGAUCCUGUCCUGCACAAACGCACAGCCACACUCCAAAUGCAAGCUGUGACAGCUCAGGACUCGGGAAGCUACCGCUGUGAGGCAUGGAACAGCAUAGGGUCUACUGCUGAGAGCGUCUGGGUGGAUGUCUACAGCAAAGGAUUUAUUAACGUGACCCAUGUAGAUAACAGGACGUGGAGAGUGCGAGAAGGAGAGAGCUUGUCCUUGGGUGUGAAUUUGGAAGCCUACCCUAAACCACAUGUCUUUUCCUGGAGCUACAACCGGAAAAAUCUCACUAACACAACUGAGCAUGUUAUCACCACACACUCGCAUGCACACAGUUAUCGCAGUCAGUUGAAGCUUGUGCGUCUGAAAGUAUCAGAGAGUGGGGUCUACACUUUUCUGGCUUCCAAUGGGGAUGCUAGUGUCAACCUGACUUUUGAAGUUCAUGUUCUAAGCAAACCAGCAAUUGUAUCUCAUGAAGGUCCGGUCGAUGGGCAAGUGCGCUGUGUGGCCGAAGGUUAUCCCCCACCUCAGAUCACAUGGUACUACUGCGAUCAACCCCAUGCCAGGUGUUCUAAUUUGUUAAAUGCCACACAAGAGGAGGAGGACGUUGUCACAGUCACCAUGACUAACCCACCCUUUGGGAAGGGAGCGGUGGAGAGCCGCUUAAACAUCACCAAGAACAAUUACCCCACCCUGGAGUGUGUGGCUUCAGCUGAAGGCGAGAUUGUCUACACACUGUUUUCUAUCAGUGAACGUACUGUUCCUCAUGAGCUUUUUACUCCAUUGCUGAUUGGCUUCAUUGCUGCAGCAGCCAUCCUUUGCCUCAUCCUGUUUAUUCUCACUUACAAGUAUAUGCAGAAACCUAAAUUCCAGAUUCAGUGGAAAGUCAUAGAAGGAAUCCAUGGCAACAACUACGUCUAUAUUGACCCUACUCAGCUUCCGUACGACCACCAGUGGGAGUUUCCACGGGACAGGCUGCGAUUCGGCAAAACUCUUGGCUCAGGAGCAUUCGGGAAAGUAGUAGAAGCCACAGCAUAUGGAAUGUCCAAAGCAGAUACAGUGAUGACUGUGGCAGUCAAAAUGCUAAAACCGAGCGCUCAUGCCACUGAGAAAGAGGCUCUGAUGUCGGAACUGAAGGUGCUCAGUUACCUUGGCAAUCACAUAAACAUCGUCAACUUACUGGGUGCCUGCACUGUUGGAGGUCCAACCCUGGUGAUAACUGAGUACUGCUGUUUUGGUGACCUGCUGAACUUCCUGCGCCGAAAGCGUGACUGCUUCUGCUGCUCCAGACUGGGAGAUGACUCUUACUAUAGAAAUGUCUUGUUAUGUCCAGAUUCUGGUGAAGGUAGAAAUGGCUAUAUGUCGAUGAGGCCUUUGGUUUUAGGAGUUCAGUCCAUGGAGAAACGUUCAUUACCUAAAGGUGUUGGCUCUUAUACUGACUGUGAGGUGUUCAGUGAAGUUCUUCAGGAGGACGGUUUGGCUUUGGACACUGAAGAUCUACUCAGCUUCUCUUAUCAAGUUGCCAAGGGCAUGGACUUCCUGGCGUCUAAAAAUUGUAUUCACAGAGACCUGGCAGCCAGAAACAUCCUUCUGACACAAGGUAGAGUGGCCAAGAUCUGCGACUUUGGACUUGCCCGUGACAUCACUACUGACUCCAACUAUGUGGUAAAAGGAAAUGCUCGUCUGCCAGUGAAGUGGAUGUCUCCAGAGAGUAUCUUUGAGUGUGUAUACACAUUUGAAAGUGACGUCUGGUCUUACGGCAUCUUGCUGUGGGAGAUCUUCUCUCUGGGAAGCAGUCCUUACCCUGGAGUACCUGUAAACGCCAAAUUCUACAAGAUGAUCAAGGAAGGAUACCGAAUGGAUUCACCCGAGUUUGCGCCAAAUGACAUGUAUGAAAUCAUGCGAUCAUGUUGGGAUGCAGAUCCCUCCCGGAGACCCUCAUUUGGCAAGAUAGUGGAGAAAGUUGAACAGCAGAUUUCAGACAGCACCAAACAUAUCUAUCUGAACUUCAGCUCCAGGUUGCCUGUAGUCACAAGUCCUCGAGAGGAGCCUUUUUCUCACUCCUCACCAUGCAAUUCAGGAAGUGGUCAUAGCACUCCUACUCUGCCUCUACUCUCCACUGACGAUGUUUUUUUAGAGGAAGCAGCUCCCAGGCAGCCACAGGCAUAAAAAAACAUCUACCAAAAUGCUGGUUUAUCCAUCAAGACUAAGCCUUUCAGACUAGCCUGUGCUGAGGAAAAUACGACUGGAUCGAACACUGGAUCAGUCAUCAAGGCGGAAAGACGUCACAUCAACUUCCCACAACUCUUCCCCUUUCCUGAUGUACAUAGCGGAUGAUGUACAGAGUAAUUUUCACUCUUUUUCUCCCCCAUUGCUGCAGGAUCAUGUGACAUGGGAUGAUGGGACACAGAAGUUUUAGGGAGAGUUUAUAAUUUUCCUUUAUUUUCUUUGAUAUUCUGCACAACAGGCCUCCUUUUGUGGUACUUUUUUUUUAUUCUGCAUAGGUACUGGGGAACAAAGUUGAUAAUCUAUCAGGAUUUAUUUUCGUGAUCAUAGCACGCACACAUAAACAUGACGCCGAUAUUUAAAAGCUUUGUGUGUUUUUAGGCGCUCCUGCACAGUUGGCAAUGUGAUGUAGUGCAAAUUUGUCGAGACCUAUAUACAAGUGCAUAUGUUUUUAUUUUUUUGAAGGCAAAAGGUCCAGAAUCCACAGUCAAUGGAAACCUAAAAGAGGGAGGAACUUUAAAGUUGGGAGACAAAUGUCUAGGAGAGGACUUACAACACUGUGUCUUAGCCCUGCAUCUGUAUUAAGAGGGGGCAGUGGGGGUAGUAUUGUUCAUGCAGUUUAUUAUCAGUAUAGAAUCUGAAAUUCCACAAAGGAUUUCACACCCAGUUUUGCCCAACCUUUAUCCACAUGUGCGCAGCAUGUCAAUUUACAGUCAGGAAAAUAAAACAGAGCACAAACAUGACAGAAAUGUCUUGCAUGCCACCAAAUAUACCGGCUCAGCAAAUUACACUUGCAACGAUGAAAGCUUAUGCAUCUAUCCUUCAUUUACAGGUCAAUACAAAUAGACAGAAAAGCACUUUUAAUCACUAUCUUGUAUGUAGAUGCGCUUUCUUUGCAGUAUAUAGUAUACAUAUAUGUCCUGGAUUCUUUGUUUUUGAAAGCACAUAUUAGUAUUGUGCUUGAUCUAAUGGCUUUAGGACAUUUUGGUAGAGAUAUGCUGCCUCAGUAUUAUUCAAAUACGGAUUGAGUAAAUUUUUGACAGCACGCUUUGCUUAUAUGCAAAUGACAGCUUAAUAAUUAGGUGAAGUGCAUGUUUUUUUUUCCUCUGGUCUCUACAUUUCUGGUGGUUUCGAUGAGUACAGGAACACAACAGCUCCCUUGUUUUUCUUAAGUCGUUAUUAUUCAUAGAUUUUUUUCCUGUUGUUACAGUAUAAAUAACAGCUUCUUAUAGAACUUCUUUUUUUUUCACAAGGAAACAAAGUAGCACCUCAAAGUGGUAAAGUGUAAACGGCGAGUUGUCUGUGCAGAAUAACAUAUAGGCUUCAAGAUCAGUAUUAUGCUUGGAUUGUUAUGUGAAGGAUUUCGUCCAGAACUUUAAUCUAGAAAUUGUGAGAAAUCUAAUUAACCAGAGUCCUUCAGGCUUCCCAAAUACACCGGCUAAGAUGUUGAGCAGAUUCCAAAGAAAAUUAAAAGGACUUUGUAAAGAUCAUUUCACCUUCUACUUAUCCACUUCUACUGUGGUAUAUACAUGGACAUGGCUGAGUAGUGUAAAUUUGUGCUUCAUCAAUGAAUCUCUCACAUUUCAAAUUACAACUGUCUGUGGUGUAGGUGCAGCUGCCUAGACCUUGGAUUAGUUAAAGCAUUUUAAACAUUGCAUAUUUUGUGAGGACCAGUCUCAAGAGACUCCAAUUCCAACAUUUGAAGCUGUUGAUAUGGAAGCAGAGAAAUAUGUUUUUGUAGAUAUGUACAUUUUUACUAAAGCGCAUUGGUUUAAAGAUAUUGUAAUGUAUAUUAUCCUUUCUGUUCACAUGUUUAUGAAGAAAUCAGUUUUUUUGUCAUUACAUACAGUAUAUGUACAAUAAGUGUUGCCGAGUAUAUCUGAGCUUAGGACAUUAGAGUUAGGCUAUGAAGGUGCAUCAGAAAAGCAUUGUAUGUCAUUCUCAGCACCACUACCAACUGUUGUGCCUCAGAGUCAACAACACUUAGAAUAAAAGUCUGCUCUUUUGCCAAUAAGAAUCUUGCUGUCGAGGAAAUCGACAACUGAAAGCUACUGCUUCUCAGAAAUGGGUGCCAAUGGGCACACACUUUGCAUAGGAACAGCCAAUGGGAGGCGUCUCAUUGGAUCUGACAGUGGAGGGGUAGCUGCUCUGAGGGAGAGCCAAUGAGAGAAUUCUCAAUUCUUGUUGACCUGCCAGUUGGGAAAAGAGCAGCCUUGCAUUAGAGAUGGAGUGUUAGUCUGAAUCCUGCAACAGACUGAGCGAUUUAGACCAUGCCAGGUAGACUAAGUUGUAACAGCAGUAGCCAGGCACUCGUCAGUAGUUAAUUUCCUCGCUCUCUUUCUGUUCUUUGUGUCCAGCUGCUUCCUCCAGCGGAAGUUUCACUUCCAGGGCACUUGAGUUGGGGAGAUCCCAGCCGCUCUCUAUCCCACCUCCACCGCUUUCCUCUCACCCUCUUCCCACACUGUGACAUUGUUCUAAGGGGCACCUGUCUGCACUUGUGUGUAUGUGUGUGUGUGUGUGUGUGUGUGUGAUUGUGUAUGUCUGUGGCUGUGUGUGUUCCUUGUAGCAUAAUGCAGGUCAUUUUGCUGGUAAGACACCAGAGCACCGAUGAGCUAUUAUUUAUACAGCUUGUCAAAUACACUGUAUACCAUAAACUGGUUCCCAGCUGCUGGUUUAUGGCCAAGAUACCACUCCUGUGCUUUUGCUUGCUCUAUUGUAUCAUGUGUAAAUGAUGUCACUAUUUUUUAGGGCCGUGGUACGUUUAUGCUAAUGCUGUAAACAUUUAAGUGCACCUCUUUGUUUUGUGUGUGUGUGUUUUUCAUAUUUCCUUUGCAUAUCCAUUGCAGAAUGGUUACUCAACUAGUUCCACCCGUUGGCUGUGUGUAUAUGAAUUAAGGUCCUAACAUAACAUGUGGCUUAAAUGCCUGUAGCAGAUGUGCGACUUCAUUGAUAUUUGGUACACCUAGUGUACAGCAGUAUAUCACAACAUCUAAUCACAUGUAAACCAAUGUAACGUCAUCAUGUCGUAUUUACUACAGUAUAUGAUAAAGCAUGGAUAUUUUAUUUUUUAGGUCUGUUUUAGGACAAAUGAUUGGUGAUUAUUUGUCCCUUGAAGAGAAGGUUUGAUCUGCGCAUUUCUUCAUUGUAUAUUUAUUUAAAAGGUUUUAUUUUGCAAACCUUUGAAAUGUUUUAUUGUGUAAGACCUGUCAUGUGUGUCUGUCAUGUUUUGUUAUUAUACACUGUAAAUAAACCAUUGAAACAGAAAUGA